AUGGAUGGACGGUCGUCGAAGGAUGGUUCGGGCUACGACUCAGCCCAGAGCACAUCUGAGAAAGACGAGUUUCAAGACGCCGAUGAAGCACCUGACACUGGCUGCCAAAGUCCCAGAGACACUUCUGAGCCACACAGCAAAUUGAGCACAAUGACUUCCAGCAAACACAAUGCUGCUGAGGAAAACCCACAAAUGGGGGACACAUCGUUGUCUCGCUUGGGUGAACAAAAGGAAGUCCAUGGUAUCGAUGCGGCUUGGAACUCCAAAGGGGAUUCCGGAGUCAUUGUCAAGUCCAGUCAAGCAGGGGGUUGGGAUAGCUACAUUGAAGGCAAAGACCCUGGCUGGAGCUCCAACACGACAGACACCACGACUGGUGGUGCUGGGGCUGACGAUUCAGGAUGGAAUCCACCUACUAAGUCAGAUGCUGGAGCUGAUGGUGGGUGGGGAUGCGACCCCAGAGCAGGUGGCACUGGAUGGGGCACGGAAACCAAGCCUGGUGGUGAGUGGGUGGGCAGCGAUUCAGGCUGGGGUGCGCCAGCAAAGCCAGAUGCUGUGGCUGAUGGCGGAUGGGGAGCUGACCCCAGAGCGGACAAUACUGGAUGGGGUGCAGCUCCCAAGCCUGGUGGUGGCGCUGGGGCUGACGAUUCAGGCUGGGGUCCAGCACCCAAGCUGGAUCCUGUGACUGAUGGCGGAUGGGGAUCCAACCCCAGACCAGACGAUGCUGGCUGGGGGGCGGCGCCCGAGUGCAGUGGUCUCCAAGAUGGCGGUUGGGGCAGCCCCUCUGGGCAGGGAACAUCCGCUGAUGGCUUUGGCGGAGUUCCAGCUAAGGGGCAGGAUGCAGAAUGCAGCGAAGGGUGGGGCUGGGACAGUGCCCCAAGGCAAGGCGCCCAUCGUGGAGGUCGUCAGGGUCCAAGGGGCCGUGGAGGCCGUGGAGGCCGUGGGCGCAGUUUUCCCCCAGGUGCAUCGCCCAUUGCCGCAGCUGAGCAAGCGUUGGAGAAACUGAGCCUUAGUGGUGGUUUCUGCAGCGAUCCCUCAAUUUGGCAGAGCUUCAUUGAGAAAGCCUCCUUGAUCAGCAAGACGGCAUUGGCGAACAUCCUGCAGUUCUGGCUUCAGGAGGAAUUCCAGGAGGACUGGCCAUUUAUUGUCACUGCCCAGCCCCCAUGGGACUUCGAGGACGUGCUGAACGUCUACGACAAGCACUUUGGCAGGAAACUGCCACUGAGGGUGAGGGCCCAGGUGAAGGAGAACCUGUUAGGCGCACUCAAACUGCGAAGGAGGGAUUCUGGCUCAGCAGAGGUGGCCAUAAAGUUCGUCCAGACUGCCCGAGAGCUGCUGUACUCCACGCCGCCCCCCAAGCCAAACCCCGCUGCUGACGUUGUGGAGGCUGAGGCAGCAGAUGGCAGCAAGAUAGAGCCAGUGACCUACUCACAAGUUUCCGAAGGCCUGAGGGAGUCUCGAGUCGAGAUGGACCAGGUCCUGUCUGAGAUGGUGUCAGCAGUCGAGCUAUCUGGGGGCGGCUCUGGGUUUGGUGGGUCGAGGGGUGGUUGGGAUUCUGGCCCAAGGGGCCCUGGCGGCAGCGGAGACUGGGGAUCAAGGGGUGGUCACAUGGAGAGGAAUGGAAGCGGCCAGUGGGGUAGCCAUGGUGGUGCAGGUGGGAGAAGGGGUGGUGGAAGCGAGUGGGGCAGGGGGCCAGAGGCUGGAGGGCGGAGUGGAUGGGGGCUGCAGUCUCGUGGAGGCCGUGCCCGUGGGAGGGGCCGAAGGCAGGCAGAAGUGGGGGCGUUGGGACAGGAUCCUGAUGGCUGGGGACAGGACUGGGUGGGUGGGCAAGGUGAUUGGAAUGUUGCAGGCUUGGGAAGGGGCUUCAGCCAGGGCAGGGGCCGAGGCAGGGGCAGGGGAAGCAGGGACAGUGUGCCUAAAGACGAAUAUGGCAUCGGUGGUGACAGUGGUCCUGGUUUUGAUUUGCCUGCUGACACCGGUGUGGACCCAAAGCUCGUCCAGCCUGGCACUGAGCUGCAUGCUGCCCUCACCAGGAUACUCAACGGUUAUGCAGCUACCCAACAGGGUGAAGGGUGGAAUUCCCAGAUGGAGAGCCUUGCUGCCAUCCAAGGCGAUUCAUUUGCAGGCUGGGACAACUCUGCAAGGCGUGGAUACAGAGGUGGUCGUGGGCGAUCUGGUCCUGGCGGCAGGAUGUAUGGUGGAGCCGAACCUGGCAUGCAGCAAAUAGGGGUUUUGGAUGGCGAUGGCUCUGUUCCCAGGGCUGGCCUGCGGCCCAGGUUGAGUGGUGGAGUUGCUGGCGGAUCAGGAAGGCACAAUGGAGGUCUUAUUGGCUGGGGAGCGGGUGGCACUGGUCAAGAAACCCCCGGAGAAAGGGUUGAUGGCUGGGGCGAGGCUGGGGUUGGGCUUGGUUACAAUGGGCAGGCUGGUGGAGCGGAUUGGGGUUUGCGGGAUGAGCUGCUUGCGCAUGUCUUGAGUGGGAGCAAGAGAGAAGGGGCUACAGCCAUUGACAGUGCAAGCGCCGCCAUGUUGAGCAUGUCUCCUUUGGUGGCAAGCGAUGCAGGGGCAGCCAUCCUUGGGAUGUCUGGAGGCUGGGAAAGCCAAGGGGUCAGCGCACCUGUGCAUGCAGCUAAUAUGUUGCCAGGACUGACCACCAGCGACUUGCAGCACCUUGUCAUGUCGAGCAUUGACGGGGAUGGCUGGGAUGCACCUGGAGACCAGAAGACGGAUGCCGGUUGGCAGUGA